AUGUUACGUCUGUUAAGACACUCACGUGUUCCUUUCAAAACGUUUAGAAGAGCAUACACAGCAGAGGACCCUCGACAAAAGUUUCUCCAGGAGUACAAAGUGCGUGCUUCUUUGGAAAGACUCAUUCAUCAUUAUGCGAGCCAGCCAUUAGAGAAACUUCUGAUCCUGGCUAUCUUGGAGCAAUCAAGGAAACUCAACUCAACAUACAUUCUUCAAAGCGCUAGAGAAACUAUUGAGCAGUUGCUAACCUACAAUGCUCGCCGUUUGCGCCAGUUUCGUGACUUGCCUUAUCUUGUCAUGCUCAAUCCUUCCAUCUCAGAGUCUUACAACAUGUACUUAAAAACGAUGUCGGUGUUAAUCACCGCGUCGAUUCAUCCACCGUGCACAUUAGAAGAGAGCCAGCGGUUGAGGAGUACGGUUUUGCAGAACUUCAUGGAGAUUCAUGCUGAUGCGUUGCCCACACUAUCUAAAGGUUUCAGCGAGGUACUACAUUUGCUUUCGGUAGACAAAGUGAAGAGCUUCUUGGAUGAACACUUGAGAGAGCGUAUAAGCAUGCGCCUUAUAGCGCACCAGCAAAUCUCGUUGACAGAUUCCUUGACGAACGGCACCUUCAAAGAAGGCAGCCCGCACAACGGUAUAGUCAAGCCACUCAACAUCAAAGACGUGAUUAUGAGAAAUGCAGAGCUUGUCAAUGAUAUUUGCCUCAUGAAAUAUGACCAGAGUGUGAAAGUGACGAUUGAUACCAACCUUCACCCUCCGAAUUUCUGGACUCUGAAGGACGAGCCUGAUAAGCUCGCCAACGAAAAAGACGAACCAAUAAUAUUCCCCUACAUUGAGUACCAUCUAGACUAUAUCCUCAUGGAGCUUUUCAAAAACUCCUUUAGAGCUCAUAUAGAAAAUGGUGUGAAGGACCCCGUCCAGGUGACCGUCUCAACUAGCGACUCACCUUCUUUUUUGGAGAUGAGAAUCAGAGACAAGGGUAAGGGUAUCCCGCCACACGCAUUGAGCCACGUAUUUGACUACUCUUUCUCCACGUACGAUUCUGGCGAGGGGGACAGCUACAAAACGCUCAAUGUGCCCCCAGGCGAAGCGGGACAUACGGUGGCUGGAAUGGGAUACGGCUUGCCUCUUCUGAAAAACUACAUUGAAAUUUUCAAUGAUACACUCAGCGACAAGAAUAAACCGGCCAAGGGCCUGCUCACAGUGCAAUCAUACUACGGCUGGGGCACCGAUGUCUAUCUCAAGACCGUUGGAUCAUGA